AUGUUCAAAUUCAAGGGUAACAAUACUCAAUCACCCGAACCUGUCCGCCGCCGGCAACAAAACAGGAGGACAUCAUCAACAACAACAACAAUACCGGUUACCGCAAAAACACCGAAAAUUAUUGGCCGUAGUAUACAGGAUAAGACUAUUGACGGGAGAAGUGUUAGUCGCGAUAAAUGUCUUAUAUGUAUUGGCAAUGAUUUAUUAAUUUCAAUAAUCGGCAAUAUGUUAGUCGGAAAGUCAGGAUUUAUCUACCGAUACGUUGACCACCUGUUCUAUGAACAUACUAUGCCUACUAUAGGCAUGGAUUUGACAUUAAAAACAAUUAUCCGACAAAAGUCAGACAACAACAACAAACGUAUAAUACGUUUGCAGAUCUGGGAUACGGCCGGUCAGGGAAAGGUUCCGUACGCUUAUCAGUUCAUUGUUUCGUGA